AAGUAAAGGUAUAUAACAGGAUUAGUCUGGGCUGGGUGUCAGACGCUGGGUCUGCCUACACUUGCUGACAAACAACGUAUUAAGAUGUCUUUGGGAUCAGAGAAAGGAGAAGUCAGUGACAGCGAAGGGGAUGACAAUGAUGGCAGGGUGGAGGAUGAGAAGAGGAAGGACUACAUAGACUGGGAGACGUACUUCAUGGCCAUGGCACUAGUCUGUGCACAGAGAAGCAAAGACCCCAAAACACAGGUUGGAGCGUGUAUUGUGAACAAAGACAAAAGGCUCGUUGGCACUGGUUACAACGGAAUGCCCGAUCGCUGCAGUGAUAGCAAGCUACCUUGGGGCAAGGGAGAAGGUUUACAGCAGAAUAAACAUUUCUAUGUCUGCCAUGCUGAGAUGAACGCCAUAUUGAACAGGUUCUCUGCUGACUUGAAAGGCUGCAAGAUUUACGUGACCCUGUUCCCCUGCAACAACUGCACCCAGAUGAUCAUCCAGUCAGGAAUCCAAGAAGUCGUCUUUUUGUCAGAUGAGAAAAAGAACAAGGACGAAGUGAAAGCUUCAAAGAUACUUCUCAAAAUGGCUAAAGUACACUACAGAACAUAUCUUGGAAGUCGGAACACAAUCGAGAUACAGUUUCCCCCAGAUCCGGACGUCGAUCAGGUGGCCUCCAGGACUCGAAAAAGAAAGCGUUGAAGGAUCAGGGUGUAUUUUCUUGUAAUAGUCACAUGAUAACGUCAAACGGGAGAAUAUUACACAUAACGACUGAUUUCCACAAAACACAUCGUAUUUAAGAAUAUAAUUUGCUGUUCAUGAGUAAGGGUAAAUAUAAAUUAUCAAUUUUACUUGAAAAAUUACAUUUUGCUGUGCAAAUUCAUAAUAAACGUGGACUUGCAUGUGAA